ACGCCCACGCCCCAUGGCGACGUGGGGACACCUGAGACGGGGUAGCUGACCGCAAGGCCAAGUUGUCAAUGCAUUGGGACAAGUCACCGAAGCGCUACAACUUUGUGGUGUGCAGCUAUUCCAACGAGACAAAGUUUUCUAGAUUGAACCCCGAAUCUACUCAGAGGUUGAGACCUGUUCUUAAAAAUGAAGGGAAAGGUUGUAGCGCUCCUGGGCAUCUUGAACCUGUGCUGGCUGCUGAUUGGUGGCGGUGUGUUCAGCGCCCUGGAGUGGCAGAACGAGUCUGUGCAGAGGGUGAGCUACGAGGACUACCGCAGUCGCCUGCUGCAGAACUACUCCUGCCUGACGGAGGAGGAGGUCACUAACUUCAUCACGGCAAUAGUGACAGCAGUCAAUGCAGGUCUGACUCUGGACAACUCCACUGCUUCAGACACCAGUAACUGGGACUUUGGGAACUCCAUUUUCUUCUCUUCUACGGUGAUCACAACUAUAGGUUAUGGCCACAUCUCCCCCUCUACCUAUGGAGGUCAGGCCUUUCUGGUCCCGUAUGCCUUAAUCGGGAUCCCUUUGUGUGGCCUGAUGUUGAACGGUAUUGGAGAGAACAUAGGGGGCUACGUGACAAAAAAGAAAGAACAAUAUAAGAAACGCUGGUCCAAGAAAGUAAGUGAGAAAACAGCUGGAGUGCUGGUGAUGCUGAUCCUCUUCCUCCUGUUCCUGGUGUUCAUGGUUCUCAUCCCUUCGGCCAUUUUCCUGGCACUGGAGGGCUGGUCGUACCACAUCAGCAUCUACUACUCAUUCGUCACCCUUACCACUAUUGGCUUUGGUGACUAUGUACCAGGUGAGGGAUUCUGCAUACUCACCACUCCAUAGAAAAAUCAUGCAGAGAUAUGUACUGUAAUUUCAUUAAGAGUUUUUUGGUGAAUCUUUUCCUUUCAUAACUCUUGUGAGCUGGGCUUGGAUAGUUUGUUGCAUAUAUUUCAAAGAAACUUUACUUUAAAAAAAUCUAUCAACCAACAGACCAAUGAAACAAGUCUGAUUAUAAUUUAAACUCCUACUAGUCAUUGUAUGACAAUGUCUACUUUUCACAAGAUUGCCAUAUAUAUACAUUACAGGUCAAAAUGCAGCUCAGCGCAUGGUGUAUCGCCUGGCCAUCCUGUGCUGGUUCAUGAUUGGCCUAUCCUGGAUGGCCGUGAUCCUGAACCAAGUCUCCACCUUCCUAACCGACAUUGGUGUGAAGGCUCAGACUGCUCGAGAGGAGAGGAGGAAGAAGAAGGAUGGAGA